AAGCAAUAAACUAAAGUGGAAUUAGUGGAAAAAUAUAUGAUUAAUAAAAAGUAAAUGGUGCAACACAAAAGUAAUAAUAAAUUUAAAUGAAUUUAUAAAAAUAAAUAAUGAAAAUGCCAAAAAGUUUAUAGAAAAGUGUAAAACAAAGAGAUCAACUAAAGUUGUCUUAACAAAAAAAAGUGAUAAAACAAUGCUUUAAAAUUGAAAUAAUUUCUGUGUUUAACUCUUUUCUUAUUAAAAAAUAUUGAUAAGCUAUUAUUUUUUUUAUCUAACAACUAAAAUCAAACCCUUAUAAUAAAAUCUUUGUUUAUUUUAUUAGUCUUUAAUUUUACAAAAUUUCCACACCAUGACUGUACAAAGUAAGAUGACAAAUGCGGUACUAUGUACCUGUCAAGACUUCCAGCAUCCUUGGACCGAUAAAUGUGUAAAUGCCUCAGCAGGUCUAUUAUUUGCAGCCACUCCAUAUUGUUUAAGGGUCUAUUCCAUGGUAUAUUUGCUCUCCAUGAUAAUGCGUCAUAAAAUACCUUCCCUGCAAGAUUUACGCAAAAUGGUCAUGGGUAUUUUACAGUCCACCGCCUUUUUGGUGACAAAUGCUUACACCUUUAUAAUGUUUAAUUGUUUGUUGCGCAACAUGUUGGGCCAGUACUAUUUCUCCACAGUGGCCUUUUGGCCCUGUUUCCUGGGCAGUCUAAGUGCUAUUGUGGUAGAGAGGCCCCAAAGACGUCCCCUAUUGGCCUUGUAUGUGGCCAAUGUGGCUACCGAGACUCUGUGGAAUAUGGCUGAGACUCGGGGCUGGGUCAAAUCCCUGCCCAAUGGCCAGGUGCUGCUGUUCGGCGCCAGUAUCUCUAUUUUAUUGUAUUUAUAUAGAUUAGGUUUACACAAAACUUCCUGUCGCGACUCAUUGUUUGAUAUUUUGCGGAUAUUUGUGGGCAAACCAGAAGAGGGACCCCUGAAACCCGUGGAAAUAGAUGAAAAUAAUGUUGAUGAGCCACCAGCUGCCAGCAGAUCCAGACCUCCAGUUAAUUUGAAUACCAUUAAUGGUUGGGUGCAAGUUUACAGCAGACUUGUGGAGACAAUGAAAGGCAAACAUAAGUCAUGCCCUCACAGAGGCAGUUGUGUUCAUGGUGCUGUUAUGGGCGGUUUAAAACCCAUGCUGGGUGGCAUUGGCUUGCAGGUGGCUUUGAAAUUGUUGCUGAAUGUUAAGAGAAUAGCUCAAAAUAAAAUGAACUGGAAGAAAACGAUAUUCAAUAAGCAGACCCUGAAUUUGGGUUUGUUUUUGGGCUCGUUCUCGUUUUUGUAUAAGUCCGUUUCUUGUGGCCUUAGACAUAUUUUCAAUCGCGAUGAUCCCCGCUUUGCCAUACCAGCCGGUUUAAUAGGCAGCAUAGGAUUUGCCUACUAUCCAGAUGUCACCGUGGCUUUAUAUGUCAUGUGGAAAAUGCUGCAGGUUGUUUAUAAUUUGGGCAUUGACAAGAAGAAACUUCCCCAUAUACCAGGCUUUACAAUGUUUUUAUAUGCCUUCUGUACCGCAGUGUUAUUCCAUGCCGGCAUUUUGGAGGCCAAAAAUUUAAGACAAAGUUAUUUCAAAUUCUUACAGGACAUAUCAGGGGGAAGAUUAAGUAAAUUCGAUAUGGCGCCUUUAGAUGUUUAUGGCUUGAAUUCUAGCCAAUCUAAGGCAGAUGUCUUGCGCCGCUUAAAUAUUGUGGAAAAAUCUCCCUUUCCCGCCUUUCCUUUGGACAAAUGGUAAUUUAUUUUAUUUGAAAUUGAACCUAAAUGUUAGCUAAUGUAAAUAUUGUGAAAAAAGGAGUAAAGCGAUUAUACCAUUUAAGAAAAAUCAAAAAUUCUAAAUAUUUUCUUAAGAAAAUCUUUUGAAUUUUUGUUUGAAAGAACAGAAGAAUUCAAUAUGAAAAUUUCUUUUUUUUAAAAAAAGAAUAUUUUUAAAAAAAAUUCUUUUGAAACUCCUUUAGAUACUUGUUAAAUUUUAAUAUAAUGCUUUGAUUUUUGUUUUAGUGUAACAGAAUUAAAAAGAAAAUUUAAGUUUUAGUUUUAUACAUAUAUUUUUAUACUGCUUAGAAAAAGAAAUUAUUAAAAAUUUAAUUUAAAUAACUUUUUUAUACUAAUUUAAA